AUGCGGAGCAGGAGCAACUCCGGGGUGCGGCUGGAUGGCUACGCCCGUUUGGUGCAACAGACCAUCCUCGGGCACCAGAAUCCUGUUACAGGGUUGCUUCCUGCCAGCUGCGACCACCCAGAUGCCUGGGUCCGAGAUAAUGUCUACAGCAUCCUGGCUGUGUGGGGACUGGGGCUGGCCUACCGGAAGAACGCUGACCGCGACGAGGACAAGGCGAAAGCGUACGAGCUGGAGCAGAGCGUGGUGAAGCUGAUGAGGGGCCUCCUGCAGUGCAUGGUGCGGCAGGUGGACAAAGUGGAGGACUUCAAGUACAGCCAGAGCCCCAAGGACUGCCUGCACGCCAAGUACAACACCCGCAGCUGUGCCACUGUGGUGGGGGACGACCAGUGGGGCCACCUGCAGCUGGACGCCACUUCCCUCUAUCUGCUAAUGCUGGCCCAGAUGACGGCCUCCGGGCUUCACAUCAUCCACAGCCUCGAUGAAGUCAGCUUUGUCCAAAAUCUCGUCUUCUACAUCGAGGCUGCCUACAAGACUGCGGACUUUGGGAUAUGGGAACGUGGCGACAAGACAAACCAAGGAAUUACGGAACUGAAUGCCAGCUCGGUGGGCAUGGCAAAGGCAGCGCUGGAGGCCUUGGACGAACUCGACCUCUUUGGCGCCAAGGGGGGUCCCCAGUCGGUGAUCCACGUCUUGCCAGACGAGGUGCAGCAUUGCCAGUCAAUUCUGCACUCCAUGCUGCCGAGGGCCUCCACUUCCAAGGAGAUUGAUGCCAGCCUCCUCUCGGUCAUUUCUUACCCGGCGUUUGCGGUGGAGGACACGGACGUGGUGGAGAAGACCAAGGAGGAGAUCAUUGCCAAGCUGCAGGGCCGUUACGGUUGUUGCCGGUUCCUCCGCGAUGGCUACAGAACCCCCAAGGAGGAUCCCCAGCGCCUCUACUACGAGCCUGCAGAGCUAAAGCUCUUUGAGAACAUAGAGUGCGAGUGGCCGCUUUUCUGGACCUACCUGAUCAUCGAUGGCCUCUUCAGCGGCAAUGUGGAGCAGGUGCAGGAGUACCGCGAAGCUCUUGAAGGGGUCCUGAUCAAGGGGAAGAAUGGGGUGCGGCUGGUACCAGAGCUCUACUGCGUCCCCCUGGAGAAGGUUGAGGAGGAAUACAGCCACCCACACACCGUGGAUCGCCUACCCGUGGGCAAGCUGCCACUGAUGUGGGCCCAGUCCCUCUACAUCCUGGGCUGCCUCAUGGCAGAGGGGUUCCUGGCUCCGGGAGAAAUUGACCCUCUGAACCGCCGGUUUUCGACCAUUCCCAAGCCGGUGGUGGUGGUGCAGGUGUGCCUCCUGGCAGAGACAGAGGCCAUCCAGGCCAUCCUGAGCAAGGAGGGCAUUCUGGUGGAGACAGUGGCCGAAGUCCACCCCAUCCGAAUUCAGCCAGCCAGGAUCCUCAGCUAUAUCUACGCCCGCCUGGGCCGCAACAAGCGCCUGGGCCUCAGUGGGCGCCCCCUCCGACACAUGGGGGUACUUGCAACUUCCAAGUUCUACGACAUCCGGGACAACAUCUUUGCUUUCACCCCUGAGUUCAUCGACCGGCAGCAGUUCUACCUGGCUCUGGACAACCGGAUGAUUGUGGAGAUGCUGCGGACAGACCUUUCCUACCUGUGCAGCCGUUGGGGCAUGACGGGGCGCCCCACCAUCACCUUCCCCAUCUCCCAGACUAUGCUGGACGAAACGGGCACCAACCUCCACCCAGCUAUCCUGGCUACGCUGCGGAAGUUGCAGGAUGGGUAUUUUGGAGGGGCAAGGAUCCAGACCGGUAGGUUGUCUGACUUUCUCACCACUUCAUGCCGCACCCACCUCAGCUUUAUGGAUGCCGGGCUGGAGGGUAAGCUUUAUGCCGAUGACUAUGGGCUCAGCCUUGAGAGCUUCAGAGAUUUAGACCAUGAGGACUGGAUGCAUGGCUUUCAGUUGGCAGAAGAUGCUGACCUCUGUGAUGAUGUUGCCCAAUACCUCGACCAACUUCUCCAUCACCCCACCCCUAAAGUCAGCCUUCCACCCCCAGCUCAAAAGGGGGGGCUGAAUCGCUUCCGUGCCGCCGUCCACAGCACCCAGGACCUCCUGUCCCUGAUGUCGAAGGCAAAGGAGCUGCACAUGGAGAACAUCAACCUGUACAUACCCUCCAAGCUUCUCCUGGACGAUCAGCCGUCUGCUCGCUUGCUGGGUUUGGCCCCAAACCAGGGUGCCCAGUUUUCCAUCCUCCCUGGCAAGGUGAGUCUCCCCAAGGAAGCAAGCGGGAAGGUGGACUGCCAGGCCUUGGUGGACCAGCUCCGUGAAUGCCAGACACUGCAGAACCAGGCCAGCUGCCUCCAUCUCCUGCACACCCUCAAGGGGCCCGACUGGGACACUGAGAUCCAUGGCACCAGUGGGGCCACCGUCAAGGGUCUCCUGGUGGAGCUCUAUGGCAAAGUUGGGGCGACUUGCCAAUGGGCCCUGAUCCGCUACAUCUCUGGCAUCCUGAAGAAGAAGGUGGAGGCCCUGGACGAGGCCUGCACAGACCUCUUGUCGCACCAGAAGCACCUGACGGUGGGGCUGCCCCCAGAGCCUCGGGAGAAGACCAUCUCUGCUCCCCUGCCCUACGAGGAGCUCACCCAGCUGAUAGACGAGGCCAGUGAGAAGAACGUGAACCUCUUCAUCCUGACGCAGGAGAUCAUGGUCUACCUUGCCAUGUACAUCCGGACGCAGCCGGCCCUGUUUGCGGAGAUGUUUCGCCUGCGUGUUGGGCUUAUCAUCCAGGUGAUGGCAAUGGAGCUGGCCCAGUCGCUCUGUUGCUCAGACGAAGAAGCUGCCGAAAGCUUGAUGAAUCUCAGCCCUUCCCAUAUGAAGAACCUUCUUCAUCACAUCCUCAGUGGCAAAGAAUUCGGUGUGGAGAGAAGCGUGCGGGCCACGGAUUCCGCCCUGACCCCAGCAGUUUCCAUCCGUGAGUUUGGGGCUGUGGGAGCAACGAAGUCGGAACGCGCCGGCAUUGUCAAGCUCAAGAGUGAGAUCAAGCAGUUGUCCAGAUCCUCCCUGGCUCCAGGCAGAAGAGAUCCCACUCAGGCCCCCGAGGAUUCCUCCACCAAGGACGGGCGUCAAGGGCAGUGGCUGCGGCGGCGGCGGCUGGAUGGGGCCCUCAACAGAGUCCCAGUGGGAUUCUACCAGAAAGUCUGGCGGAUCCUCCAGAAGUGCCACGGGCUUUCCGUUGAAGGCUUUGUUCUCCCUUCUUCCACAACUAGAGAGAUGACUCCUGGAGAAAUCAAGUUUGCAGUCCAUGUUGAGUCUGUGCUAAACCGAGUCCCUCAGCCUGAGUACCGGCAGCUCUUUGUAGAAGCUAUCCUGGUCCUGACGCUGCUGACGGAUGCCAACGGCCCCAGCAUCGGGGGCCUGGUGGCCGUGGACCGGAUUGUGCACGUUGCAAACGAUUUGUUCUGCCAAGAGCAGAAAAUCCUGGGGGCCGAUGACCCCAUGCUGGAGAAGGACCCGGCCACUGGCAUUUGCAAGCUGCUCUAUGACAGUGCUCCGAGUGGCAGGUUUGGCAGCAUGACCUACCUCUCCCGAGCUGUGGUCACCUGCGUGCAGGAGUUCCUCCCAAGCAGUGGCUGCACCACGCAGUGAAACUGUCCGGAUUCCUCAGCACCAAGAGCCCCCUUGGGGUGGACCCUCUCCCAGAGCAGCUCUACCGCCUGGAA